GCAUAUGUGCCAAACCUCUUUCCUCCUUAAAAUGAUAACUCCUACGUCCCCUUGAAAUUUUGCUUGCGUGAAACGAGUCACUGACAUACGCAGUCCUAAUUCCAUUAUCGUGCAAUAAUUUGGUAUAAUCCCUCCAGGAAGGCUGGUUCUAAUAGUGUCAGUGUUAAAUUCGAGGAAAUUAAAGAACCAUCUUUCCUCCAUUCCCAAACAACAAGCCAUCAUAUAAGGGGCAUCUAGGUGAAUUUCCCAAUAUUUAACCUUGACAGACGAGAAAGUGGAAACUCAUGAUAUAUAGUUCAAAACGGAAGAAAAGAACAAUUAGAAGAAAAGAAAAAAAAAUAUUUGUGAAAGUGUUUUUUCCUUAAACUUUCCCCCGCAAUGAGGAAUCGGACGAUCAUUAGAACAUAGUCAACGUGGUUCCGCUCAUUUGAACACACACGCAAUUGCUGCCAGUAAGAAAAAAGAAAUAAUUUAACAACCCACUGACCUGUAAGAAAAUAAAAUAUUCAUUGCAGAUCACUUUUGAUAAGGAACUUCUUGUGGUGAAGAAAGAAAAAAAAAGAGAGUUUGAAUCUCAUUUUUCCAUCAGUUAUGUUUUGACAAUUUAUCGAAAAACAUUUUGCGAACGGAUUUGUUUAACUCAAAAUGAACUUCCUCUUUUUCGCGAAAGUAUCGUUUGCGAAUUUUAUCACGAAUCGAAAUUCCCCGUUAUGAAUUCCUUGACUAUGUUUUUUAGCGUGCAUUGAAUUUACAGAAAUAGUGUCCGUCAUGGUUUAAAAUAAUUUCAAGUUCUAGUCAUCUUGUGUCUUUCAAAAGGUGCACGACCAAAAAUGGACACCCGAUUUGUAUUCCUGUUUUUGUGCUGUGGAUAUUUUGCUAGUGUGCAAAGUUUAGUUCAGUCUAGUCCCUUUAGUACCACAUCAACAGCAAGCUAUGUUCAAACUACAACACAUGAUCCAGUUAGACCAGAUUUUCCACUGUAUGAAAUGUUGUUGAAAAAUGCUACUAACAAUUUAGUGAAAAGGACAUUGCCUGCUUUUUACAAACUUUUAGAAAAUAUACAUUUAUCAUCAAGUUGUUUAUCGAGUCUUAUGAAAUACGCGAUAGCUCUGAAGCAGCUAAAAGUAUGGGCCAUAACAAUGUUUGAUUGUACAGCGAAAAUUCCGUCAGGUGCAUUGGCUGGGACUCUUACAGAGUUUGGCGCUUUUGAUGAGUGUCUGAAUAUCAUAGUGCACGACAAGCGAGGAUUUGAAACAUUUAAAGGACAAUAUUGCACUGUGGAGGCUACGCCAAGGUUAGGUCCUCGUCCUAAAUAUAUCAACUUGACUCAAAGCCACCGAACACCUUACAAUGAAUCGAUUAUGGAAGAACUGCGAUCUGUGAUUCUUGCUUUUUACCAACUAACCGUGAGAUCUGGUGUUUGUGUACCAUCUAGUUGCAGCAAAGCAGAUAUACAUGCAGUUGUAUCAGAAGCUCUGAAGCCUCUGAAUUUUAAAGUUCGUGUACCUCAAUGUCAAGUCAAAGGGCCAAUUGAAGUAGAACCAAUUCAUAUUAUUGUUUUAUUCAUCAUCUUUCUGCUUGUAAUUCUAAUAUGCGCCGGAUCUUGGCUAAAUUGGUACCUCUCAAAAAUGGAAUUGGAAGACAAAAAGUUUUAUGAUCCUAGUUUUGGACAAAAAGCUCUCCUAGCAUUUUCUAUACAAGCCAAUUCUCAAAAACUAUUAUCUUCAGAGAGUCGUACCGGAGGGAUGAAAUGUCUUCAUGGGAUCCGUGCCUUGAGCAUGACAUGGGUCAUUCUUGGACACACUUACAUUUGGAUCAUAUUUCAGUCACUUAGCCAACCCAUCAAAGCUAGAUAUUGGCUUCGUAACAUUGAGUUUGAAGCUGUUCUCAACGGAUGGCUAUCUGUAUCCUCUUUCAUCUUCCUCAGUGGACUGCUAACCACUUUCAGCACUUUGAAAUUCAUGAAUGCUUCCAGGGGACGUCUUAAUGUUUUUUUAUAUAUUUUACGUCGAUUUCUAAGAUUGUAUCCUUCAUUGUUGAUUGUCCUGGCAUCUAUGUUCUUCUUGCCGUGGAUAUCCACUGGACCUUUCUGGGCUGAUCUUCCUGGUAAAGAGGUUGAACAAUGCCGGCGUUACUGGUGGGGAAAUCUUCUCUUCAUCAACAACUUAAUAUCCGUAGAUAAGAUGUGCAUGCAACACUCAUGGUACAUAUCUACAGAUAUGCAGCUUCAUGUAUUUGCUCUCAUCAUACUUCUUCCAUUGUACAGGAGUUCAUCAGUUGGGUUAAUAAUUGCCUUAGGACUCACUUUGGGAAGUUCAUUAGCAGUAGGAAUCAUUACCUAUGUAAAUAGCUACGAUCCAACCAUACUUAUUUCGACAGCCAACCUGCCAUUAAUGAAAAAAAUAGUUGAAGACGUACACGUAAAGGCAUAUACUUACCUAGGACCUUAUUGUGUUGGUGUUGUGACGGCAUAUCUUCUUCUUAAGUUCCCGAAAGUCAAUAUGAGAAAUCGCUUCAAACUCAUUGGUUGGUGCCUGGCAGUAAUUCUUGGACUGUCUUCUGUAUAUGGAACUCAUACGUGGAACACAGGCAACUUUCCUCCAGCGGAAGUAACAGCUACCUACGCAGCGCUCCACCGGACAGCCUUUGCUGUUGCUUUGGCUUGGCUGUCCUAUGUGUGCAUCAGCGGAAACUCCAGUUCUGUUUCAGCGUUUCUAAAAUUUCGCCCAUUUGUCUUCAUGAGUCGUUUGACUUUCAUGACCUAUUUGGUGCAAGGACCUGUCAUAUGGAUCAGAUAUGGGUCUGUAAAGGAACGCAUGUACUUCAGUCAUUAUAAUAUGCUAUACGAAUACUUGGGGAACAUUAUAUUGUCUCUAACUGUGGCUUUUGUCGGUCAUAUUCUCGUGGAAGCACCAUUUUCAAAUUUGGAAAGACUUCUUCUGUCCAGAGCAGUGAAAAUACCAGCUGAAAAACCUAGUGACCUGUGUCAAGUACGGACACAUGUUGAUGUGAUUCCUAAUAAUAUAGCGCCAGAUCUAAAAGAGAAGAUACAGAACACGUGAUACUGAAAUUAUUUUGACUAAAGCAUCAGAAAAGGCUGAAAACAGAUUAUUUCUGCCAACUUAGUGUUGCUGUGUAUUUACGUAUUCACUUCUUUAGGAGAACUAUUUGAAAGAACUUAAUAAUUUUAUCAAAGUUAUUUUUGCGAGUAUUUAUAGAAAGUAAACUGUUUUUCUUUUUGGAGGUUGUGAAGUGCUUUAUAAUUGAA